CGUCCUCCUCUCCCCAGCAUCAGCACUCAUCACUCUCAUUACAGUCCUGUUUCACUUCCAUUUGCCUCUGUCUCGCACUGAAGAUUUCCUUUUUCAUUUUAAGAAGGAUCUCUUCGGAUUAGCACAGCAGAUUUAUGAUGCACUUUGCUGAUGUAUAACACUAUUGCUGGAGGAGGAGUCAUUAUUUCAUCAGCUUUUCUCCGUGCCAAACUAUGAGGCUCUGAUCUGCCACUGAAACUGAGGUUUCCCUGAGCUGCGUAGAAGAUGUCCACCAUGGUGUAUCCACGGGAAGAGAAGCUCGAGAAGCUCUCUCAGGAGGAGAUCAUCUCCAACACCAAGCUGGUGAUCCAGGGUCUCGAGGCCCUGAAGAAUGAGCACAACUCCAUCCUCCACAGCCUCCUGGAGACCAUCAAGUGCCUAAAGAAGGAUGAAGAGGCCAACCUGGUGCACGAGAAGUCCAACUUACUCCGCAAGUCAGUGGAGAUGAUUGAACUGGGCCUGGGAGAAGCACAGGUGAUGAUGGCCCUGUCCAACCACUUGAACGCGGUGGAGUCGGAGAAGCAGAAGCUGCGUGCACAGGUGAGGAGGCUUUGCCAGGAAAACCAGUGGCUGCGGGACGAGCUGGCCAACACCCAGCAGAAGCUGCAGAAGAGCGAGCAGAGCGUGGCCCAGCUGGAGGAGGAGAAGAAGCACCUGGAGUUCAUGAACCAACUCAAAAAAUACGAUGAAGAUGUCUCACCCACUCAGGAGGAGAAGGACAGAGAAACACCGAAGGACACCCUGGACGACCUCUUCCCCAAUGACGAAGAGGAGCAUGGCCAAGGAAUGCAGCACCAACACAACAGUGCGGCCGUGGCUGCAGCCCAGCAGGGAGGCUACGAGAUCCCAGCCCGUCUGAGAACCCUGCACAACCUGGUGAUCCAGUAUGCUUCCCAGGGCAGGUACGAGGUGGCCGUCCCCCUUUGCAAGCAGGCUUUGGAGGACCUGGAGAAGACCUCUGGACACGACCACCCUGACGUGGCCACCAUGCUCAACAUUCUGGCCUUGGUCUAUAGGGAUCAGAACAAAUACAAAGAGGCAGCCCAUCUGCUCAACGAUGCUCUGUCCAUCCGGGAGAAAACCCUCGGCAAAGACCAUCCUGCUGUUGCUGCAACGCUGAACAACUUGGCUGUGCUGUAUGGAAAGAGGGGGAAGUACAAGGAGGCCGAGCCUCUGUGUAAGAGGGCUCUGGAGAUCAGAGAAAAGGUCCUGGGGAAGGACCACCCAGAUGUGGCCAAACAGCUCAACAACCUGGCUCUGCUGUGUCAGAACCAGGGCAAGUAUGAAGAGGUGGAGUACUACUACUGCCGUGCCCUGGAGAUCUACGAGUGCAGGCUGGGCCCAGAUGAUCCCAAUGUGGCCAAAACCAAGAACAACCUGGCAUCCUGCUUCCUCAAACAGGGGAAAUACAAGGAGGCUGAGAUUCUGUACAAAGAGAUUCUGACUCGUGCUCAUGAGAAAGAGUUUGGAUCUGUUGAUGCUGAGAACAAGCCCAUCUGGAUGCAUGCAGAGGAAAGAGAGGAGAUGAGUAAGGGCAAGCACAGAGACAACACUCCUUACGGAGAGUACGGAGGCUGGUACAAGGCCUGCAAAGUCAACAGCCCUACAGUGAACACCACCCUGAGGAACCUGGGUGCCCUGUACCGCCGACAGGGCAAGCUAGAGGCUGCUGAGACCCUGGAAGAGUGUGCAGUGAGGUCUCGCAAGCAGAGCAACACAGGCAUCGACCCCAUCCACCAGACACGUAUGGUGGAGAUCCUGAAGGACACAGAUGGCGAUAGGCGGAGGAGCAGGGAUAGUCUGACCAGCGUUAAGUAUGAGAGCGGCUCUGAGACUGGCGAGGAAGUGAGUAUGGGCGUGGAGUGGAACGGGGCCUAAGCCAUCAAGAUUAUUCCUCCAUCCUUCUCUCCUUCCCCAACACAAUAGCAAAAGGAUGUGUGUUGUCGUUCCCUCUGGCCUUCUCUGUCCCAACAAACCGACUACCAUUCCCGGCGCCCCCUCCAGCAAAGACUCAGAAAGCCCCCAUCCUGGCUGUCACCCCUGUCCCCUGUUCAACUGACAGCUGCUGGGACGUUUGGUCUUCUCAUCUCUCUGCUCUGUUUUCCCCUCUCUUUCUUUCACUCUCUCUAUCCUUCCCUCUCACUAACCCUGUGUCGCCCUCCAUGUCAGAAAUCAUUACUUCAACUCUUUCUCUCACUUAACAUUGAAAAAGUCAUUGGGUGUGUAAUCUUUCCCUGUGAGGAAGUCACUCGCACAUUUUUCCUCUCUCCAACACCCACUUGUAAUUUUUCAUAGGUGUAUAGUAGAUUUAUUUGGCAGGAAAGGAGAGCAUUAAAGUUGGAAAUAUAAAUUAUUGGAAAAAGGCUAAACAUACAGAGGAAAUGCUGAAAGAUGAUUUUGAGGUUCAGUGUCACCUUCGACAACAGACUAGGCUCCAGACAUCACUCCAACCCACAGUCAGAUUAAAGGAUACUGAUACUAGACUGAAUAUUAUACAAAAUAAAUUCAGUUCCACGGUUGUUCUGCAUUGGUCUCACCCUGAAUUUGUUUGUUGCCUUGAGCACUCUCGGCCUGUUUCUUCUUGACCUCAAAGCUAGCUUCCAACCUGCCUGUAUUUAGCCAUUGUAGUAUCUGUUUUUUUUGUUCUUCUUUUGGUUCAUUUAUGUGCGUUUUCUGUUUAAACUAAUGCCUGAGAUCAAAUGCCUAAAAUGGUACUGUAAAGUUACACAUGCCAAUCAAGAUAUUCACCAUAAUUUCCUUUUAACAUCUUCAGCCUAGUUGGCAGGAAAUGAGAAGGGAGCAUUGCCAUUUUUGUUUUUAUAGAUAUAUUUCCUAUUCAUUUUAAUUUUGUAUGAUUUUUUUGUUUACAUUUUUUAAUGCUUUUUGAUCAUUUUGUGGCUGAAUAUAAAGGCAGUAGUAUGUCAACAAUGCUAUUGUGUUUACCUGUUGUGAAAGACCAGAAUGCUCUGCAUCAUUUAGGCCAAAGCUUACAGCAGAUUGGUCAGAUCACAUCAAGCUGUUGUUGCCAUGGUAAUUUAAUUUCAAGUUGCUCCUUGUCCUUGGUUUGCUAGAGUGUUCACACAGGCUCCACGCUGGCACAGUAUGUAGAGUGCAGCUCGCAUUUACAAAGGGAAUUAGCAACGUUGGCUGAUGCUGUGAAGCCAGUAUGACAGCAGAAGCCAGCAAGAGCAUCUAGCACAGAUACUGGCCACCUGAAAGAUUGCUAAAUAAUAAUAGAUUUCAAAAUAAUGGUCAUAAAUGCCCAGGAUUGCCUUUACUUGUUGGUGUAGGAGUAAUGUUCUAAUUCAAUGGAAGCCUUGAUUCCACAGUAGUUUUAGUGUGUGUUUGUGUAUGUUUUGGUGGUACAGUCACAGUGCCCUCUCUGGCUAUGGAUACUGUAUUUUGAACACAAAGCUUAAUGGGGUGUGUUGCCUUUUUUCUUACACAGUUGUUUGCAAGUAAACAUCGUCACUUUGGUGAAUCAUGUUUUUAGACACCAAAUGUUCAGUGCGAGUGUUUCCUCAAGAUCAACAUGUUUAUUUCAGAUGUUUAACUAACUGAAUGUAAAAUGACUUUAAUAUCUUGGAAGUGUAAUUGUAGGCUGUAUUCAUAGAUUUGACAAGUGCAUUCACUAUACGGCUUUUCAGUAUGCUACUUGCCUUGAUUCUUCAUUCCUUCCAAUGAGUACACCUAUACUUCUAAUGCAACUCUGAACAAAAGAAUUGACUAUGUUCAUCACAUAAUUAUGACAAUAUUGUUGUGUUAGUGGAAUGCUUAUUUAUUGAACUGUCUAUUCUUGACAUAUAUAGUGUGACUUCAGUUUCCUAAAGUGGAAGAACAUAAAUGGUAAGGUCUAUAAGCACUAUCUUAGUAAGUAGGACUGCAUCAUAUUUACCAUUCUGCAUUGUGAAAAUUAUUGCAUCAACACUUGUUGGUAUUCUCAAAUAAAGUUUUUCAUUUGUGAA